AUGGCGGAGGAAGUGUUAUUGGGAAACGAUGCGAAACUCUCGGUGCAUCUUACUAAGUCACUGCUGGCAGUGGCUUUUCUGGCCUCAUUUGGCAGCUCCAUGCUGUACGGCUACAAUUUGGCAGUUGUCAACUCUCCUGCACAGUACAUCAAAAGCUUUUAUAAUGAGACGAUGAUUGAAACGCAUGGCUGGAGUCUGGAUGAGGAGGAUCUCACAGUCAUGUACUCCCUCACUGUGUCUAUCUUUGCUAUUGGUGGUAUGAUUGGGGCACUGCUAGUGGGCACGCUUGUCACCAAAUAUGGAAGGAAAGGGACACUGGUGAGAUCCACGGUGCUGGUAUUUAUAGCAGGAGGUCUUAUGGGCUUCAGCAGAGCAUGCAGGUUCCCCGCCAUGGUCAUCAUUGGACGCUUCAUCACAGGGGUGCACUCAGGUAUCUCUCUCAGUGUGGUGCCUAUGUACCUUGGUGAGAUCGCCCCCAAGAACCUGCGAGGUUUCUUGGGCCUCAUGCCCAGCAUCCACAUUUGUCUUGGAGUCUUCAUCGCUCAGGUCCUGGGCCUCAAAGAACUAUUAGGAAAGGAAGAGUACUGGCCUCUGCUCCUGUCCCUCGUGGUGGUUCCUACUUUCUUCCAGUUGAUGCUGUUGCCAUGGUUUCCAGAGAGUCCGCGGUACCUGUUGAUUGAGAGAAGGAAUGUACAUGCCACUAUCACAGCCCUGAAGUGGUACCGCUCUAAAGGAAACAUCCAAGCGGAGAUUGAGGAGAUGCAGGAGGAACAGCAGUCUCUCUCCUCCAUCGAGACGGUUUCUGUCGUAGGCCUGCUCAAGGAUCGCUGCGUCCGCUGGCAGGUCAUCACCAUUGUGGUGGUUAACAUCGGCAUGCAGCUGUCCGGUAUUGAUGCGAUCUGGUUCUACACCAAUGACAUAUUUGAGAAUGCUGGGAUCCCCAGCCCUUACAUCCAGUACACCACCGUGGGAACUGGAGCUAUUGAAGUAAUCUCAGGAACACUGGGGUGCUUUACUAUUGAACGACUGGGCAGGAGACCUCUGAUGAUUGGUGGCUUCACCUUCAUGGGAAUAUGCUGCGCUGGGAUCACUGUUUCUCUCCUCUUCCAGGCACAACUGGACAUCAUGCGCUACGUCAGCGUGGCUUGUGUCGUUGGGAUUAUUGCAGGCUUCUGCAUAGGGCCAGCGGGUGUGCCCUUCCUGAUGACAGCGGAGCUCUUUAAGCAGUCUCACCGACCGGCCGCCUACACCGUGGCAGGCUGCCUCAACUGGCUGUCCAACUUCACCAUCGGCUUUGUCUUUCCCUUCCUACAGAUGGCGACAGGUGCCUACUGCUACCUGAUCUUCUGUGGUAUCUGCAUGGGGGUGGCAGGCUAUACCCUCUUCAUCGUCCCUGAGACCAAGAACAAGACCUUUGUGGAGAUCAGCCAGAUGUUCGCUGCUGUCAACGGCAUCCUCGAAAACGAGAGCACGGAGUUGGCCUCCACUGCUGGUCACCUCAAAAUGUUUAAGCUGAAUGGCUAUGGAACGCUUGGCAACCAUAAGGAAAAAUAA